AUGGAUAGUCAAGUAAAUAUAACAUAUAUAACUGUUGAUGGAUAUGUGGAAAUGCACAAAUACAGAUUUCUUUAUUUUGUGAUUUUCUUCUCAGCAUAUAUUCUGAUAAUCUGCAGUAAUUCUACUAUUGUCUAUCUGAUCUGGAUUCACCAAAACCUCCAUGAGCCGAUGUACAUUUUCAUUGCAGCUCUGUUAAUGAACUCUGUUCUUUACAGCACUGCGAUCUACCCGAAGCUGUUUAUUGACUUUUUAUCUGAGAAGCAGAUCAUAUCUUAUUCUGCCUGUCUCUUUCAGUGGUUUAUAUAUUACUCUCUCGCUGGUUCGGAGUUCUUACUGUUGGCAGCCAUGUCUUAUGACAGGUAUGUGUCCAUCUGUAAACCUCUGCAAUAUCCAACUAUCAUGAAGAAAACAACUGUCAGUACUUUCUUGGUUUCAGCUUGGCUUGUGCCCGCUGGUCAGUGUGCAGUGCCAGCUGUACUGAAUGCUAAUAAAAAACUCUGCAGCUUCACUUUCAAAGGAAUAAUCUGCAACAGCACAGUUUACAACCUUCACUGUGUGAGAUCAAGAGUAAUGAACAUAUACGGCUUGAUCGCUUUAGUAAAUCUUGUACUUCUCCCUGUUCUCUUCAUCCUCUUCACAUACACCAGGAUAUUUGUAAUAUCCUACAAAAGUUGCAGAGAAGUGAGGAGAAAAGCUGCACAGACCUGUUUGCCUCACUUGAUGGUUUUAAUGAACUUUUCCUGUAUGAGUGUAUAUGAUGUACUUCUACUGCGACUGGAAACUGAUUUUCCACAAACUGUACGUUUCAUAAUGAUGCUUCAAAUAAUAAUGUAUCAUCCUCUCUUUAAUCCAAUCAUAUAUGGAGUGAAAAUGAAAGAAAUUCACAAACUCCUCAAGACGUUGUUUUGUAAAAUGGUCUAA